AUGCCGUUCUUCAAACAGUUACGGCGCCGUUCUAAGGCCAAUUUCCAGAAGAAUCCUGCUCCGAGCGUGGAGGAGGUCUCCGGCAAAUCUUCCUCCACGAUCGACACCUCCAGCUCCAUCACUCCACCCUCAUCGAUCAAGCCCACCCUCUCAACACCCAGUCUGCCCGCCCUGAACGAAUCCGAACCAACCAAUACACUUGCGCCUCAGCGCCCCGGGCCCUUCAUCACCAAUUCACAGCGAAACAGUGUCAUCGGUAGCAGCGCAUCAUCCGUCAAUGGCGCGUAUCGGUCUCAGGUCUCAGUCUCACCUUACGCCCCGAAGAUAGUAUCGGUAUUGGACAAUGCGUGGGUCAAUCAGAAAGUCCUCCUCGUGUAUGGUCAAAUCGGCGACCCGCGACAACAUCCGCUGGACGGAAAUGUCACAGUCUACCACCACCAAGAUAACUUUCCGUCGCUCGGCUGGCCCGUCACGGCAUCUCAUUUCAAAGCCCUAGUACAUCUAGUCCCCGGUCCCAAUCGCCUCCGCUUCGACUUCGUCUCGCCGAAACUUUCGACCGGCAGUGCACACCCCGCCAUCCACUCGGCCUGGAUCUGCAUCAACUACCUUCCCCUGGUGAACACCCCGCCCCUGCAACUGGUAGUACUACUUGGGAAAGACUCCGACGGUACCUACGAUGCAGUGCCGGAACGGGCAGAGCGCGAAGGUAAUGGCCUGGACAUGGCGAUCCGCAAGUAUCGUAUGGCAGCCUACCUGUGGCAGGCCUUCACCGGGGAGCAAAUGUAUCGGAACAACUUCGGACGUCGCUGUUUCCGGUUCGAGGAAGAGUGGCAGUCAGGCAGUCUGAGCCGCCGUGACCUAACCCAGGCUCAUAUGCGCAACGAAGCCAAGAUCCACGUGGUGCGCUCGGAGAAGACGGUGGCCGAACUGCGGGGCCUCAAUAUUGCGCAGCAGAACGACAAGGCCGAAAGGAAAGACGAGCUUUUCAACAUCGCCAAGGAGGCCGUGCGCAACUACUUCCAGCCCCAACCCGGUCAAAAGCAAUACGUUUCCGUCCUUCUCCUCGAUUCACACUGGGACACCCAAUCGCAAUUGGUGACUGGCCAUGCGGCCUUGGGCUCCGCCGACGACGAUAUAAAGAUGGCAAUGUUUGGCUCUCACUGUCUCCAAAGCUACCCGUCGUGCCUUGAGGAAAUCGUGGACGCUUUCACUGACUGUACCCGAACGGACACCAACCAUGUCGCCAAUGACUGUGGAGAUGCAGGCUCUAACUGGGAAGCGGCCAACUUGGGUAUCGGUGCUCACCUCCACGAGGUCGGUCACCUCUUCGGAUGUCCUCAUCAGGAAUCGGGAGUUAUGCUCCGCGACUAUGUGCAACUGAACCGAACUUUCCUGACAAAAGAGCCCUUUUCUACGCGCACCAAGGCCCAGGGGUUGAAAGUAUGUUUGCCGAAUGACGAGUGCGGCUGGCAUCGCUUGGAUGCGCUGCGAUUCCGAUUCCAUCCCAGCUUCAAACUUCCAACCGACGCCACCCCAAAUUCGGACGACAGCGUUCAGGUCUGGCCCGUCGAGAGCGGCAAGAUAUUGUUCACCGCCGCUUCUGGGAUUGCGUUUAUGGAAUUGUAUGCGGAGGGAGACACCUUCUGCCACAAGUACAUUGAGUACCUCAACACCGAGUCGAGCCCCAACGGACUUCCACGGCAAGUAACCGUGACCGAAACCGAGCUUCGCCAACGUGUGUACGGUACCGAAAAAGAAAAGAAAAAGAACAUCAAAAACAUCAAGGUGGUCGUUGUUUCUGGAUCCCUGGGCAGCUACACCGUCGAGAACAUCGGUGAUCUGAAAUCAAAGAACGCACUUGUUAAACUGCCAAAAAACCAACCCGGGUACAAGAGUGGCCGAUUGGGAGACUCGGCAAUGGAAGGCAGCCAGCAGGAGCAGUUGCUGCUCGAUUGUGCUUCCACUAAACCGAAAUUGUUGACUUCAAUCAAAGUAUACCAUGGCUGUGCUCUAGAUGGCCUGGAGUUCUGCUACGAAGACGCGACUACCCAGCUAUUCGGCAAGCGAGGAGGGAAGCCAGGCGGCGAUGAGUUCAUUCUGGACACUCGACGCGGAGAAAUUCUGCUGGGCUUCUAUGUUCGGGCUGGUCAAUGGAUCGAUGGCAUCGAAAUCCUUACCAGCUUGGGCAGGAAAUCGGGAAUCUAUGGAAAUGCCUCUGGUGGCUCCGGACAUACCUUGAUCCCACCCUUGGGCUACAAAAUCGCCGGUAUUGCUGGCUCAUCUGCAUCGUGGGUGGACGGGUUCUCAUUGAUUAUACAUCACUGA